AUGGAUGCCUCUAUGGAAGAGACUGAGGAGCUUGUUGGGAUGGGACUUCGUGUCUCUGUGUCCCCCGUACAAACUGCUUUUUACGUCAUCCUGGUCAUGCUGGGCAUCCUGGGCAAUGCCACCGUGGUCGGGGUGAUCGGUGAGAGUGUGUUAAAGGAUCCUGGUGGUGGACGUAACUCAGACAUCAUCAUAAUGAACAUGGCGCUGUCCAACCUUCUGGUUUCUGUGUUGAGGAACACACUGCUUGUCAUCUCAGACCUGGGACUUGAGCUGUACUCGUCUAAAGAAUGGUGUCAGUUCCUGAUGGGGAUCUGGGUGUGGCUUCGCUCGGUCAACGUGUGGUCAACGCUCUUCCUCAGUGCGUUCCACCUCCAGACCUUGAGGCGCGUGGCUCCUUCCAUGGGGACCAUUCACGGGCCCCGGGGCCCCCCCAAAACCCUGCUGCUGGGUCUAGGCCUCAUCUGGAUAGUCAACUUCAUCUAUUCCAUCCCUGCUCACAUCUUCUCCACUAGCGGGAACGAGAACAGCACAGAGACCCUGAUGCUGGUGAGCAGCACCACACGCCCUUUGCUGGGCUGUGUGUGGAACUUUCCCACUAGCUACAGCGGCCUCGCCUACGCUACCACAUCCAUGGUGAUCCACGAAACAAUUCCCAUUAUCCUGAUGGCCUUCACCAACCUGGGCUCCCUUUAUACCCUCUACGCCCAUGGCAGGAUGCGCAGCUCGGGGCAGGAUGCGCCCACCAUAAAACGGGUGCCAGCUGAGAGGCGAGCAGCCAAGGUGAUUCUAGCUCUCAUCAUGCUGUUCAUUGCAUCCUGGGGAACCAGCAUCAUCUCUGUCAACUAUUUCAACUACAAUCGUGGCUCCUCGGCUGAAUUUCUCCUGGUUAUCGCUCGUUUUGCCAACAUCAUUUUCAUUGCCAUGUCUCCUGUUGUUCUAGCAGUUGGACACCGGCGGCUGCGUUCUGUCAUCAAGUCUGUGCUGGCCCACUGACAGCUGGGAUGGCGACACAGACUGUGCGAUUGGUGUGAUGUUAUUGGACCUCCUCAUGUGUCCUGGCCUACAGUGUGCUCUGUUGAUGCGCUGCAUGGAGUCUGUGCUCACACAACACUGCUACUCAUAAAGCAGAAUUUACAUCAUCUUUCCUUGGAAAAAAAAAAAAAAAAAUCAAAGUACUUUAUGGAGACAAUGCUGAAGAUAAAAUGUCACCCAAAGCCAAACAACAUGUCUGUGUGAAAACAGAGCUGAUGUCGUGGAUGUGAAGGAGGAGUGCUACAAAGUGAUUAUUAGUUGUGUAACUGUGGAAAUUAAGGUUGCUGGGAGUCAUACCAUGUGACCCAGCUCCUGUUCACUUCACUCGAAUUCAACGUAAAGUAUCUUUAUGCAGCUAUUGUUGAUGGAUGAUGCGACUAAUUAAUUUUACAGACUUCUCCAAAUUAGAGGUCAAAAGAAAAAUCAUUUCAGUUGUGAAAUUUUUGUAUUGUUUAUGUUGUUAAUGAAAACAGUGAUUCUCAAAGUGCAAACAUCACUUUAUCAACAGGACCCCCAGCAAAAUGAAUAUUUCACUUUUAUCAAAUUUGUGAUUUAGCAUCAUUACACACUAUUGUCACUGUAAUACAGUAAAGAAACAUUUAGGCUAAAUCUUGUUCUGAGAGAGCCAUCUGGCCAAAUAAAUAGUUUAGUUUAGUCAUUAUGUAGAGGCAAAGUGGUUACAAACAGUAAUCAAAUACAAUGAUAAAAGACAAAGGCAAGGGAAACAGUUUGUACAGACGAGAGAGUAAAAUGGGGAAAAAUGAUUAAUAAUAAUUACACAAGUGAACUGCAUAAAAGGAUCUAAAUAA